ACACACACACACACACGUACAUACACACAGAAACAUGUACACACACGCACAGAGACACAUGUACACACACACGUACAUGUAUAUACACGCAGACACAUGUACAGAUACACACAUGAACAUACAUACACAGACACACACACCCCCCCCCCCCCCCCCCAUAAAAAGUUGCAGUACUUCGUUGUUCACUCACAGAUCCAGGUACUGCACUCUAGGGGGAGGCAGAGAGCACAGCACACACUCCUUGCUUUCAUUUUACUGCGCUCAGCUAUUGAGCGGUCUGACGGCUCCCAGUGCCAAUGACAAAUCUGGCCUGAGCUCCGAGCCUGCUCAGCAAGAGGGCCCUGGGGGAAGCACUCGCCCCUACCAUAAUUUCCACUCGCCAUUGGCGAGCAGGUGAGUGGAAAUUUCAUGCCCUGCUCUAGCGGCAGCUUCAGUGA